GAGGGGCCCACGCUCGCGGAGGGGAAGAAUGUGGCGGAGAGACCCUUUUCUCGGGGGGAUGUGGGUGCGUGGCCAAGGGAUAGCCUCCCCCCCCCGGAUGUUUUUGCUCUCCUCUCCAGCAGUGAGAAAUGAGACCAGCAGGUCUAAAGGAAGAAGCUUUAUUGCUCAUAAAAUCAAUGCAAGCAACUCUUCUAGAGCAGCAUACAAUGUGGAUGAUUUUGCAACCCAAAUCCUUACUGGUAAAUUGACUACAGUUUUCCUGCCCAUGAUCUACAUUGCAGUAUUCAUCAUUGGCUUGCCAAGUAAUGCCAUGGCUCUGUGGGUCUUCUUCUUGAGAACGAAGAAGCGGCACCCAGCAGUGAUCUAUAUGGCUAACCUGGCAAUGGCAGAUCUCCUCUUCGUUAUUUGGUUCCCUCUGAAGAUUGCAUACCAUAUUAAUGGCAAUAACUGGAUCUAUGGUGAAGGCCUAUGCAAAGUGCUUGUUGGGUUCUUCUAUGGAAACAUGUACUGCUCUAUUCUUUUUAUGACUUGCCUCAGCGUACAAAGGUAUUGGGUAAUUGUGAACCCCAUACUGCACUCAAGAAAGAAGUCUGAAAUCUCUGUGGGGAUUUCAGCUGCAAUAUGGAUCCUGAUUCUGCUUGGCACCAUCCCAUUGUAUCUUGUUGACCAAACUGUUUAUGUUUCUAACCUAAAUAUCACCACUUGUCAUGAUGUCCUGCCUCAUGCACUACUGGCUCAUGACAUGUAUAACUACUUCCUUUCUCUGGCAAUUGGCGUCUUCUUAUUCCCUGCUGUUCUCACAACUGUUGCCUACGUUCUCAUGAUAAAGACUCUGAAUGCUUCUAUUACGGAUGUAAACAUUGGGAGGAAACGUAAAAGAGCCACCAAGUUCAUCAUUACUGUGCUUUCCAUGUACCUAAUAUGCUUUUUGCCCAGCAAUGUUCUUCUUGUGGUACACUAUGCCCAGAUCAAAAUCCAUGGCGUCAGUCAUGUAUACGCCUUCUACAUCAUAGCACUGUGCCUUUCUUCUCUAAACAGCUGCAUUGAUCCAUUUGUCUAUUACUUCAUUUCAAAGGAUUUCAGAGACAAUCUCAAAAAUGCACUCCUCUGUCGAAGUGUGCGUACUACAAAGAGGAUGCAAGUCUCCCUCUCUUCAAAUAGAUACCCAAGAAAGACCCCCUCUUAUUCAUCCAGUUCAAACACUACUAAAUCAACCUACUAAAUCUGCAUGUAGAAAGCAGGAAAGUUUGACCUCGUAUUGGCAAAGAAUCCUGUGCUUUAAAAAAAUGGAACAGUGUUUGAUUCAUAGAAUUGUCCAUUUGAUUUUUUACCUUCCUUCCUGUGGGAACUCAAAUGGUUUAUAGUAGCAUUCUUGUUCUCAAAUGGAAAACCAAAAGCAGUAGUCUUGAUGUAGGUACUGUGUGGUUUGUUUGUUUUUUAAAAAAGGCAGAAAGAUUCUGUUUUGUAGACCACAUGGUUGGUUGUCAAUGCUAAUAGCCACUACUAGUUUCCAGGUAUAUUGUAACACAGUGAUGGUCUUCUGUAAGUUAAGAGUUUUGAGGGCCACAGUAAUGACACAAGUCUUACAACACACAUGUACCAUUUGUAGAUAAAUCAUCUAUGUAUUUGCCAAAUCUGUCUGUUUCCAAUAUCUGUGAAGGCCCUGGAAUAUUAUAUUACUGAUGUCCAAGUGACUACUGUUUGCACUGAUAUAUUUGUAAGUUUUUUAUAUCUAUAAAUAAUUUAUAGACAAUUCUUUAUAUUUUAAAUGUGCUGUGAAUAUGGAACGAGACUGAUAAUGUAGUCUCAAUGUAGCAUGUAAUUAUGUGCCUUUUUAAAGAAUUGUACUUUGCAAUUCUACUUCCAAUAUCGUAAACUUUUUAUAAAGUGGUACUUUUAAUAAA